AAAUUAUACGCGUUUUCCGCGGUACCGCAUCUGCCGCGACUCGGGACUGUGUCGAACGAUGUAGGGCUAUAAUGCGUUCAACUAUGAUAAUCUUCCAGUGUCUAUCCGAAAAAUGAAUAUCAGCGGUUAGCUGAUGUAAUUGGAAAGUGUUUUUAAUGAAAAACUACCACUGCUUCGUAAAAUAAUGAACAUCAACCAAUCUUUUCUCUGCUCGCCAAUAUGAGAUUCUUUAAAUCUUUUCUAACGCGAAAUAAUGCUCUAAUAAAUUUAACUACAUACGUACUGAAAUAUAUACUUUUUCACAGCAUUGGUGCUUAUUUGAUUUUGCAAACAGCUUUUGGCUGUUUGGCGUAAGAAAACUUGAACAAGAUUUUGGAAUUAAAUGAGGCAACCGUAUUUUCCGAUGGGCCCAUAGUCCGAAAUUCAAAACUGCAGUACUAAAGCACUCACAGUAAACAUACAUCCAUUUAUUUCGUACCAUUGUCAAACGUCUAUCAAAACAAGACACAAACACAUAUCCACUCAGCCAGUGUAUCCUAGAAGGAUUUCGCCUGACACCUAGAGAAUUAGAAGAAACUCCUCCAACGGGAAGGAUGGUCAAAGACAUACGAAAGUCCUUGAGGAUGUAGUGCCACCCCGUAUAGUGCUUGAACAGCGAAAUUGUUCGGCGACAUGUGUCCACGAGUGUAGUGAGAUUAAGCAGCAGCAGCAGCACGAGAGAAGUGCGGUGUACCCUCUUCCAAGGAUACCACAACGGAGUGCCAGCGAGAACUGUUGGUUCCUUGGGGACAUAGGUAGCAAAUUAUUCAAGCGAUAAGAAACGGAUACACAGUAACAGUUAUCAACGAGAUUGAAAAUUUGUCCGACGUAAACACCACCUCAUAUUUCACUAACUAGAAGAUACCUGCUGGAACCAGUCGGGUCUGUACGAAUUGCAUUUCUUCGAGCUUAGCAUAACGUGUAGUAGUCGGCGGUGGUGGAAUGGCAGGCGACUUUUCAGGCUGCACAGCACGAAAGAAAAAUCGGGCACAAUCCAUCGAGUACAAUCCGGUCAAAACGGAUGGCAGUGGGGAGAACUCAAAGCAACCUACGAACCCCUUAACGACCAGGAGCGGCUUGCGAGUGUACAAGAUUGUCAUUCUGGGCGACGGAGGUGUCGGAAAAUCGGCUGUUACCCUCCAGUUCGUGAGCCACAGCUUCCUAGACUAUCAUGACCCAACGAUUGAGGACUCGUAUCAACAGCAGGCCGUCAUCGACGGGGAAGCCGCCCUGCUCGAUAUACUGGAUACGGCCGGACAGGUGGAAUUCACCGCCAUGCGCGAUCAGUACAUGCGUUGCGGGGAGGGUUUCAUCAUAUGCUACUCGGUCACUGAUCGCCACAGCUUUCAGGAGGCGUCCGAGUAUCGAAAGUUGAUCGCACGUGUACGGCUCACUGAAGAUAUUCCUCUGGUGCUGGUGGCGAACAAGCUCGACUUACAAUCGCAAAGAAAGGUCACGACCGAGGAAGGUAAAACGCUGGCGAAGCAGUUCGGUUGUCCGUUCUAUGAAACAUCCGCCGCUCUGAGACAUUACAUCGAUGAGGCGUUUUUCUCACUAGUGCGUGAGAUAAGGCGAAAAGAGGAACAACGGACGCUGAAUGGUGGUUCCAGCUCUGAAAAGAUACAUCCGAGGCGGCGCAGCCGUUGGUGGCGGUUACGGUCAAUAUUUGCUCUUGUUUUUAGACGCCGCCGAAAUGUUACCGGUAUCAAUCAAUAGGUGACGACAACGUGCAGGCAAACACGGAGAAAGUUUAGGAAGCUGUUCCCAACCGCUCAGAAUUGAGUCCGUGAUCCGAUUGAUCCGUGAUACUGAGCUGGUUGUUGAUUUGUUACAAGCACGUGUACGGUGUUCAGUUCAAUAAGUCUGCCAAUGGUGUCCCAUCGAAACAAUGCUACAAUUGUGUGCUGUAUGUUUUCUUUCCGAUCGUGUUCCGGAUAAUCGCGUGUGUAUUAGGUAUGCUAUGACUAAGACACUUCUAUCAACGAAUAAGAAACUCAAAUUAUAUCUCAUGUUUCACCCAUGAUGCAGGCGCUAGAUGUUGAAACAGGAAUUACCUUUAGAACUGUAGGAUAAGCUUAGUCCUUAGGACACAGCAAUCUGUGACGCCCAGUCUAACGAAUUGAAUGAAGGAAUUGAAAGUCGAAUGCACACGUCAAGCUGCGAAGGAGCAAAGGUGCAACAGAUUUCUUCCUGAUUUAGGAUCUUGUUGAUUGUAAGGGGAACUCUCCCUAGGAAUAUGAGGGCACGUUAUUGGUCCUGUUUAUAAAACUAAAGCGUUAUUGAUUUCCAAUUUACUUUCCUUUAUUUCACUGAAGAACAGUUACAAACUGGCAUUAAAUUAUGAACAUUGACCAUUAAGUGAAAUUGUAGCUAGAUUACAUUAUCGAGAUGCGUGUUUUGCAGAAAACAGCAUUGUUUCAGUUAGCAGUAUUGAUCUGAAAUAGUACAUAUAUUAACAAUUGUCAACGAAUCUUUACAAACGUUCCACUUCGUAAUACGUUAGUUAAUUUACCUUCCUUUCCUGUAUCAGCUACGUUGCAUUACAGUAAGUCUCGAGUAAACUGUGAAAGAGAAUAACCAAAAGCGGAGUCAUGUAAACUAAGAAGAAAUGAUCGCACCUAGUGCAGUGUAGGACGUUGAUAGAUUGUAGCGUGUACAUCCGUAGUCGUUAGAUAUCAUUUCAAGUGCAUUACCAUUCGAUUGGUAAUUUUUGAAACUGUUCAUACACACAAACACAUCUUUACCAUAAUAGGGCAAAUAUGGGAAACCUCCUACCAAACCUGCUGAGCAUUAUUUGCUACGGUAUCUGUUUCAGGUAACUUUAAAGCAAACCAAAUGUAGCUCUACACAAGUACUGCAAACUGAACUAAACUAACUUAUCAAACUAAAAGUAUCUGUGAUGUAUGCCAAAACAAUGAAAAUAUCAAUCAAAUUAUUUCCCAGUUACUGCAUUACUUUAAGUUUUAUUUUGCAUUUUCUAGAUGCGCAAGCGUUUGAGAAGUACAAAUCUUCUUAUGGGUGUAUCGCAACUUUCACUAAAGUACAGUUUCGAUAAGGUUUUAAAUGAGAUUUUACAUUUUAUUUUUAUCAAUACACGUAAUGCACAAUACCAAAUACCGAACGACUAUAAUGUCCUCCCAAACCAUUUGCAAUGAAACGUGACACACCAUGCGACGAAACAAUAAAACAAAAUCUGAACUAUAAGCAAAAGUAUUCGAACAGGGUUAAAUAAUAAUAUAGUUGUAUUACAUACCAUAUGCAGCUAUACAGGUCCAAGAAAAGGUAUUCAACAGAUUGUAAGAUUUCUAGACUGCCAUAACAAAACGAGCGACAAAAUCAGGUUAAUUGUUUUUAAUGUGGAUACAGUUCUCUUGAAAUGUUACACCACUGCAAGGUAGGCUUGUACGUGGAAGAUUGAUUAUACUUCAUAUUAUUUACCAAAAAAAUCUUACACUUUGAUUCGGUAUAACUUUUAACGGAAUAC